AUGGUGCGGUACACUUCUUCCAUUCUCUUGGCCUCGUUGGCCGCCACUUCCGUCUGGGCUGCCUCGUCCCCUCCUACAUGCAGUACCAGCUCUCAGUGCCCCGAAGAGUAUCCUUGCUGCUCUCCCCUAUGUGGUAUUACCUCAUCCGCUAAUGCUCCUUUAGAAUAUGGACAGUGCGGUACUGGUGCUUACUGCUUGGGUGGUUGCGACCCCAUUUCGUCAUACUCUCUAGACUCUUGCGUUGGUGAGCCCGUGUGUCAGAGCAAGACCUACAAGUGGGACUCUCUCGAUAGUGCCGCGCUGAACACCAAAUACCUCGGAAAUGCGUCUGAAUACGACUGGGUCUACAGCGGCUACCCCAAGUUGGAUGAUGGAAAUCUUCUCCUCACUAUGCCCAAGAACACCGUUGGUACCCUCUUUGCGAACAACCACUACGUCUGGUAUGGCAAGAUUUCCGGCAAAGUCAAGAGCAGCCGUGGUGCCGGUGUCGUCACAGCUUUCAUCCUGCUUUCGGACGUCAAGGACGAGAUCGACUUUGAGUGGAUUGGUGCGGAUCUGGCGAAUGUCCAGACCAACUAUUACUGGCAGGGUGUUCUGAACUACAACAACGGCGAUAAGGAUGCCGUCAACGGAAGUGAUACAUUCGAUGAUUGGCAUGAGUAUGAGAUUGACUGGAAGGAAGAUGCGAUUACCUGGUCUGUGGAUGGUCAGGUCAAGCGGACUCUCACCAAGGAAUCGACCUGGAACGAAACUGCUAAGCGCUACCAAUACCCCCAGUCCCCAUCCAGAAUGCAGCUUUCCCUGUGGCCCGCCGGCCAAGCCAGCAAUGCACCCGGAACCAUUGAGUGGGCUGGCGGCGAAAUCGAUUGGGACAGCCAGGACAUCAAAGACAAGGGUUACUACUAUGCCACGUUCAGCGACAUCACCGUUGAGUGCUACGAUGCCCCGAAUGGCACUGUUUCGAGCGGAAACAAGUCGUACAUGUUCACCAACAAGGACGGGCUACAGCAAUCGGUUCAGAUCACCAACAAUGACACCGUGCUUGCAUCUUUUGGUGCCACCGGUCUCGACAUGGAUCUCGGUGCCAGCGACUCUAGCAGUUCUGGAACUAACGGUACGGUUCCUGAGAACCAGGGAGGUUCAGGAAACGUACCAGGCAGCAGCAGCACCACUAGUGGCAGCUCAAGUACCUCUUCUGGAUUCAGCCAGGGCAGUAGCACCGACACGAGCGGUGCCCCCUCCCAGAAUGAGCGAGUCAUGAGAGGCUCAUUCUUUGCUGCCUUGGUCGCAGUUGUCGUUCUGGUCGCUCUCUAA